UACGCGCACAGGAAGAGAUGUCAGGCGGUUGUCAGCUGAUCAGUCGAAAUAAAUGUUUGAUGCUAGCUGAAUGAUCGUUGUCAGUUAAAAAAACGUGUAUCUGAUUUCAAGAUAUCGUUUCUAUAGUUUCUUAGUAGCUUGUACUCUGAGACUUCAACGUAUAAAUAUGAUGUCAAGCGUUGCCUUCAAGCUGCUCGCUCUUGUUGGUUUGUUAUUGAUGUCAACACAGAUGACGGAUGCUAAAAAUUCAGAGGAUAUACGGUGUAAAUGUACCUGCCCACCGUACAGAGACAUUGAAGGACAGAUCUACAAACAAAAUGUAUCUCUAAAGGAUUGUAACUGCCUUCAUGUUGUGGAGCCAAUGCCAGUUGAUGGAAAGGAUGUGGAGGCGUACUGUCUGCGUUGUGAAUGCAAAUAUGAGGAGAGGAGUUCUGGAACUAUCAAGGUGACUAUCAUAAUCUACCUGUCCAUCCUGGGCCUGCUGUUCCUCUACAUGGUGUACCUGACCCUGUUGGAGCCCAUGCUGAAGAGGAGGCUCUUUGGACACUCACAGCUUCAGAAUGAUGAUGAUGUUGGGGACCAGCAGCCUUUCGCCAACGCCCACAACGUAUUGUCUCGUUCGACCUCUCGUCCCAACAUGCUGAACAAAGUGGAACACGCUCAGCAGCGCUGGAGGAGGCAGGUCCAGGAACAGAGGAAGUCUGUGUUUGACCGACAUGUGGUGCUCAGCUAAACCCAUCCCCAGGAAACAAAAACCCUGGGUGAAGCAAAAAAUAUUACUGUGACUGGGUGGUCCUUUUUUUUUCUUUUUUUUUUUUGGAUUCUUUCCCCGACUUCGGAGCUUCAUCCUUAUUGGUGUUUUGUUCCUCAACUGGACCUGUAUUUCAUGAAAUGUGAUCAUAUAGCUCUAUGUAUUCAGGAGGUGAUCGUAAAGGGUCUCUACAUCAGUAGGUUGAAGUGGGGUGUUGCAUUUGAGACCUUUUACUUAAGAUAAUGCCAGUGUCUGUAUGACUUUGUAUACUUUCUGAUUUAAUAAUACUAAUAGAAAGUUAAAUGUUACAGUUUGUAGCCUCCCCAAAAAUGGAUAAUGCGUGCCAUUUUGCACAAGCUGAUGAUAAUCUUUGGCUUCUGAUAAAGUAGAAACGAUGUGUGACCGUAUGCACUCUUUUACAGUAAUGUUGGCAGCUUCUGAUAACAGUAAAUGCUUGCCAUGCCACCAAUGAAAUUAGGUGAUACAUUUGAGGGUAGAGUAAUUAAAACAAAAAAGAUCAUGCCAAAGUGAAUCAUUCAAGCUAAUGAAAACGUCUACAAUAUGUGUAACAACUGCUACCUAAACUGUAGAAGAUGGGAAUGAGUUAGAAACAGUAAAAUUGUCAAAAAGCAUUUUUUUUGAGAAUGAUGUAUAAACUUAUUUACAACCUUUUA